AUGUCAUCCUUUUCCAUUCCAUCCCGUCCAAAAUCGGUGUCGAGCGAUCUCAGCAACGACGACUUUCUCGUUCUGGACGAGCAGGAUGGCUUACUUAUCGUUGGUAUUGACUUUGGCACAACAUUUUCUGGCGUGGCCUGGGCCACGACAGACGAGCUUCAGGCCAACCCCAACGACGUAAACUUGAUUAUGACCUGGCCCGGCACGGGCCGAGAAGAAAGCAAGUGCCCGACGGAGCUCAGCUACGACGACGACGGCAAAACGCACUGGGGCUUCGACGUCCCGCCCGAUGCAGACUCCAUAUCGUGGUUCAAGCUGCUGCUUCUCCGCGAGGAAGACGUCGAAAACGACAUGUACGUAUGUGAACACCUCAGCCGCGGGCGUGAGUUUCUUUCGCGCGCCGAUAAAACGGCCGUCGACGUCGUGGCGGAUUUCCUAAGGGCGAUGUGGAAUCACACCAUCGCCAAGAUUGAGCGCGCGCGCGGGCAGACGGUCGUCGAUGCCCUCGUUUUCCGCGUCGUCAUCACCGUCCCCGCAAUCUGGAAAGGAUAUGCGCGGCAGGCCAUGCACAAGGCUGCCGAGCAGGCAGACAUCUUGAACAAACGCGCCGCCGGGCCUACGCAGCUUGCGUUUGCAAACGAACCCGAAGCUGCCGCCAUGUCAACAUUGAUCGAACGGGGCAGGAGGCCACACGCGGGGAAUGUCUAUGUUGUCUGCGAUGCCGGCGGUGGCACUGCUGAUUUAAUCAGCUACAAGAUCGACCAGGUGGAUCCCAUCAGCAUGAAGGAGGCGGCUGAGGGAAAGGGCGCUCUCUGCGGUGGUAUUUUCAUCGACCAGGCUUUUGUAGCGCUUUGCAAAGCCCGUCUCGGUGACAACUGGAGCCGUUUGAGCAGAUCCUCCCUCAGAUACAUCAUCCGAGAUGACUGGGAAUGUGGCAUCAAGCCACAGUUUAGGAUGAGCGGCCUUGACAAGGACUUUACGGUUCGGUUUCCGUCCGAAAUCAGCGUCGGCAUGGACGCAGGCACAAAAUUUGAGAGAAUCAAGGCGGGGCGAAUAUUUUUUCAUGGCCGAGAAAUCCAAUCAACUUUUGACAGUCAGUUCCGUUGCAUUGUGCGAUUGGUGGAUGACCAACUCGAGGCGGUUAGGAGAUCUGAUCCUGAGGCAAAGAUUAGCAUUAUUCUCGUCGGCGGCCUUGGAUCCAGUCCCUAUCUUUACGACUACAUUAACUUGCAAUACAAAGCCGAAGGAAUUGAGGUCUUGCAAGCGACUGGAAGCAAGCCUCGGACCGCCAUUUGUCGGGGCGCCGUGCUUAAAGGCUUCCUCCAGAAUUCGCGCCCAGACCAAAACAAUUUGCCCGUCAAGGUCACCUCGACCAUCUCACGAUCCAGCAUUGGUACGGAGGUCUCCCUUGAGUUUGACGAAACUAAGCAUCUCGAGGAAGACAAGUGGUGGUGCGACAAAGAGCUUUGCUAUAACGCAAGGAAACAAAUGAAUUGGUUCCUCUACAAGGUAGUGUAUUUACCCAUAGCUCCUGGCCGUCACUUUAGCGCAUUGACAACCCCUUUCCAUAACUUAGGGGUCAAACUACGAACGCAAUUUUAUCAUGUGUGUGAUUUCGGCACAACCCUCCCAACUACCAUGGAAAUUUCGUUAUAUGACUGCGACGACCCAGUUGCGCCGAUACGCAGGACCGACGUUGUUAAAUCAAUGUGCACCAUAACUUUCGAAUCCAAAGUAAACAAAGAGGACUACUCUCAACUUACAAAUAAACUGGGCAAAAGGUACAGACGGUUGGAUUACGAGAUAGAGAUGGUGCCGCAGGGGGCUUCGGUUGAGUUUGGUGUUUAUAUCGGGGGACGAAAGCUGGGCGCCCAAAGUGUCAACGUUCGCUUCCAGUAA